GUUACCUGUAAGACUAGAUACACGAAUGUAGAAAUGAUUUUGGAAGAGAUUGACCGGGAUAGUGAGACAGAUUUGGCAGAGAUUGAAGACUCCAUCAGAUCCCAUAGCUUCGAUUCUGAAACUGAGGACUUUUUUUUGAACGGAGAGGACAUCGUUUUGGACUGUGGCACUGACUCCGACUGGGAGCCCCCAGUGCCAAGGUGUCCACCCCCCUCUGAAGCUGGUUCAUCCAGCUGUACCCCUGCUGUCUCUGGCUCCACACCUCCCGGGCCAUCUAGAGGUGUGAAGAGGAAGAGGGGAAGUGUGCCACCCACUAACAGAGGGACAGAAGGGCGUUGGCACACCGUCCUAGAAGAUGAUGUGGAGCCACCACAACCAACUUUUAGGCCGAUAAGGAAGCCAGGACCUCAGGUGAACCCGACCUCCAAUUACACCCCCCUUCAGCUUUUCCAACUGUAUUUUACCACAUCUGUUGUAGGUUCGCUCGUGUCCAACACUAAUAAGAAUGGGAAGAAGAAACAAGCGGGCAAAAAGGUAGCAUGGAAGCCCAUAUCCAUGUCAGAGUUUUUCUGCUACCUUUCUCUGGUCAUCUACAUGGGGCUGGUGAAGCUGAAAAGCCUGAAGGACUACUGGAAAACAUCAGCUCUGUACAAAUUGCCUUUCCCCAUGACUGUUAUGUCCUGCAAGAAGUUUCUGAUGAUUUCACAGGCGCUUCACAUCAGUGACCCAAAGGUUGAUGAAGAGAAUGAGAAGAAGAGGGGCACAGCAGCGUUUGAUAGACUGUGCAAGAUCAAGCCGCUCUACCACCGCAUUGUUGAGGCCUGCAAGACGUAUUUUCAGCCAGCCCAGAACGUGUCGAUCGAUGAGAGGAUGGUAUCCUCAAAGGCCAGAAUUGGACUCAAACAGUACAUGAGAAACAAACCAACCAAGUGGGGUUACAAGCUGUUUGUUUUGGCUGAUUCUGCAUGUGCCUACACAUGCAAUUUCUUUGUCUACGAGGGGAAGAACAGUUUUGCUACCGGUAAGGGACUCAGCUAUGACUCUGUAAUGGCGUUAUUGGAUGUUCAACUGCUAAGGAAGGGUUACAAACUGUUUGUGGAUAACUUCUACACAAGCCCUACCCUGUUUGCAGACCUAAGGAAGCUGGAUGUAUGGGCUUGUGGCACCAUUCGUACCAACAGGGUGGGCUUUCCGAAGACGAAGGUGAACGACAUGCCUGCGGGCUGA